CACCGAAAUCUCUCUCUAAUCUUUGUCUUCCUCACCGUUGCUUUGCCUUUGCGCUUUACUUAGCAGAAACUGAUUCUUUCCUUCCACUGCUCUCUCUUCUCUCUCAAUACUAUCGUUUUUGUCCACAAAAAAAGGAAACUUUCCAACAAAUGGCUGCCAAUCUCUCCCUCCGGCCCAGCCACCGCUUCUCCCCCGGCGGUGGCUCUUCUUCUUUCCUCCGGCCGCCUUCGGCCCCCGUACCUGCCGCUCUGAAGACAAUACAGUCCUGCCGCAGCCAGCCAUGGAGGGUAUCGAUUUCCCCCGCGGGUGCUCGGCGGCGGAUUCUGGCCGCGAGCGCCAGAGCCGACGAUUCGGCGCCGUACGGGAUGUCGCUGGAGAGCGCGCUCAAGCUGCUCGGUGUCGCCGAGGGAGCUUCCUUCGACGAGGUCCUUCGCGCCAAAAACUCGAUUCUCGCCACUUGCAAAGAUGACAAGGACGCAAUUGCUCAGGUUGAAGCUGCGUACGACAUGAUCUUAAUGCAAAGCCUAUCUCAACGUCGGGCAGGGAAAGUAGCAAACAGUCGGAUUCGUUACGCUGAUGUGACUCCCGUGAGCACUCCAGGAGGAAGGAUGGGUGGAGCAAUGCCCCAAUGGCUGCAGACUACAGUCAAGAAUCCACCCAUCUCAGUUGAGGCACCACCAACUACAGAUUUGGGAAUACAAGCCAGUGUUUAUGGAGCCCUAAUGGUCCUGACUUAUGCCAACGGGGCUGCCACCUCAUCCGUGGUGCCCUAUGCUGCAGCUGAUGUCCCCGGGCUGCUCUUGGCCACGAGUUUGGGAGCUUCGUUAUACUUCAUGACCAAGAAGAAGGUGAAACUAGGUAAGGCGACUGUGAUUACAUUGGGAGGGCUUGUCGCAGGUGCUGUGGUGGGUUCGGCGGUUGAAAGCUGGCUCCAGGUUGAUAUCGUCCCAUUUCUCGGCCUCCACUCUCCAGCUGCGGUGGUUAGUGAGUUCAUUCUGGUGUCUCAAUUCUUGGUCUCCCUGUACCUAAGGUAGGAGGAGGGCUAUAGAAGGGAAGUUGAACAUCUACUGCUGUAACACCUGUAAUUACUCAAAUUGCAUGAUCAUAGCCAAGCCUUUUAUUUUGGUUUUCUGCUUGUAGGAUGUGUGUGUCAUUGCACCUUUGUAUAAAACUGCAAUUUAGAAUGUAGUUGGGAUAUACUUGUGUUAAGUUAUAAUUGGUUUUAUGGUUUAUAGCACACAUCUCUUUUGAGAAUGGGGACUCACAUUUGCUUGCCACAAUGAAGUUCUUUGUUCCCCCUACCAAUAGAUUUC